AUGGUGAACUACGUGUUGCGGAUCACGGCGGAACUGGAGAACCUCAUCGAACUUCAGCCUCAGGGCGGUUGUGACGAUCCCAAAUUCACCUACUACGUCAAGCUGAAAUGUGGAAGUUGUGGAGAGGUUGGGGAUAAAGAGGCAUGUCUUACUGUGGAGGACACUGUCCCUCUUCCAACAGGCAAAGGCACCUGUCAUUUUGUUAGGAAGGGUACUGCUUGCUCAGUUCAGUCAAGAUCUCUUCCUUGGAUUUCAUCACCUCUCGUUAUUUCCAAUUCACUUUCUUUCUUACAUCAAAGUUUGAUGGCCAUUGUGCCUCUUUGUUCAUCUUCUGACGAUUCAACUCUCCCAUCUGCAGCUUUCGCGCGAUUGAUUUUAGAUCCUAGCAAAUCUAUUUGCGACAAAAGUUCAAUGCUUCUCCUUUCCUCCUAG